AUGGCUACAUCCGACGGAUACGCAAAGACAGUCCGCCGACUCGACAGCCUGGAUGCUGCUCAGUCAGACCUUUAUGGUGGACCAACCGUUGUCAUUCCUCCCAAGCAUUUAAUGGCUUCUGAUUCUGAAUUUAUCUCCAACCACUCGAAUAUGACCAAAACUCACCACGAAGAAGAAGUCUCGUCUGAAGAUGACUACUCUCAAAUCCCUACCCCCAUGUCCAACCCCCCUGCAGUCACUAGCGAUGACUUUGCACUGGCCUUUGACAUCGACGGCGUCCUCAUUAAGGGCGGAAAGCCUAUCCCUGCAGCCGUCGAUGCGAUGAAAUACAUCAACGGUGAAAACCCGUACGGAGUCAAGGUUCCUUACAUUUUCCUCACCAAUGGCGGUGGUAAGACCGAGAAAGAGCGAUGCCUUGAUCUCAGUCGCCAACUCGACCUCGAGGUCGACCCUGGCCAAUUCAUUUGCGGUCACACCCCAAUGCGUGAUAUGGCAGAGAAAUACCACACUGUCCUGGUGGUCGGCGGCGAGGGCGAGAAGUGCCGUAUCGUGGCCGAGGGAUAUGGAUUCAAAAAUGUCAUCACGCCCGGCGAUAUCAUCAAGACGCGACACGACACCACACCGUUCCGCACAUUAACAGACGAGGAACUCGAGAACUCGCGCCUCCUCGAUCUCGACAAUCUUCGCAUCGAAGCGAUCUUCGUUUUCGCCGACAGCCGUGAUUGGGCCGGCGACCAACAGAUCAUCCUAGACUGCCUCAUGACAAAAGACGGGUGGUUGAACACACGGUCGGAAACCUUCCAAGAGGGCCCACCGGUCUUCUUCUCGCACACCGAUGUCGUGUGGUCUACCUCGCACGAACACUCCCGUCUUGGAAUGGGUGCGCUGCGCGCUUCCCUGGAAGCUGUGUACGGAGCCCUGACAGGAAAAAACCUCAAUACCAUUGCCUUUGGCAAGCCCCAAAUCGGCACUUAUAAAUUCGCCACCGGGCUUUUACAGAAAUGGCGCAGUGACUCUUGCGGUAUCAACAAGCCUCCGUCUACUGUGUACUUCAUUGGCGAUACGCCGGAGUCCGAUAUCCGUGGCACGAACGAGUUCAACGAGACCACGGCCAACGAUUGGUUCUCGAUCCUCGUUAAGACUGGUGUUUACCAGGAUGGUACUGUCCCGCGGUACCCACCCAGGAAGACGUGUGAGAAUGUCUUCGAGGCUGUUAAGUUCGCUAUCGAGCGUGAGCACAACAAGCCAUGCAAGGGCUCCACAGUUUCCUAG